CGAUGGCUACUUCGACCUUAUGUUUGUAAACAAAGCAAUCAGCAUCACACAAACUGAAAUGCGUGGAAUACGUACAGUUUUUAACCCUCCCUGGCGAAGGUCCAUCAGUGGAAAAUAUGAUGUUGUUCGCCCAUAUGAAGUUACAGCAGAGAAAACAGUGCCUCCUGAUAUUGAAAAGCCAGAAUAUUUUGCAUCUUCUGUGCCAGAGGUAGUUUAUGCCACAGAAACAAAAUCUGCUGCUGCCAUAGACAAAAUGAGGCUGAGCUGUCAGCUGGCUAAAAAGGUUUUAAAUGCAGCUAUACCUUUACUGAAGGUAGGAGUAACUACUGACUUCAUUGAUGGAAAGCUACAUCAGAUGAUAAUAGAAAACAGAGCAUAUCCAUCACCAUUACGAUACCAUGGUUUUCCAAAGUCCAUCUGUACAUCUGUGAACAAUGUUAUCUGCCAUGGUAUUCCUGAUCUACGGCCUCUGAGAGACGGAGAUAUUAUUAAUGUAGAUGUGACGGUCUUUCUUGGAGGCUAUCAUGGUGAUUGUUCUGCAACAUUCCUAGUGGGAAAUGUAGACGAAGAGGGAAUACAUUUAGUUGAGGGGGCAAAAAAAUGCUUAUUGAAAGGAAUCAGUGCCUGUGGACCAGGUGAAAGAUUUUCAGCAAUCGGUGCAGCUAUUGAAGAAGAAGCUCACAAGCAAAGACUGAAUGUGGUUCCAAACGUUUUGGGUCAUGGUAUAGGAAGCUAUUUUCAUGGACCACCCGAUAUCUACCAUAUUUGUAAUGAUUUUGGUGGAGUAAUGCUUCCAGGAAUGACAUUUACAAUUGAACCUGCACUUACAAAUGGCUCUGUUGGAACAUGUGUCCUAGAAGAUGGCUGGACAUGUGUAUCAGUAGAUAACGCACGAUCUGCUCAAUUUGAAGAAACUGUACUUAUUAAAGCAGAUGGAGUAGAAGUGCUGACAUAAUGUUUAUGUGAUCUCCAUCCAGAAUGGAAGACAAAUGCACACAUAGCAACUGCCAAACCAGUAUCAAUGGAUAGAAACCUCCAAAAACAGUAUAAUCUCAUGUGUUGUAGUUAUUUGUUACUCAUUUUAUUUUUACUGCAUUGGUGUCCCUUUGAGCAAAGAUUUAUGUUUUAUUUUGUAUUUGUUACAAUAAUUCCAAACUAUCUCCUUGUCUUCCUGUUUUCCCAACUGCCUUUUCCUCUCAAGAAAGGAUCUGCCAGUUCCAGUAACUUGAAAUUUCAUAUAUUAUUCCAUUUGUAUUACAUUUGAAACUGCUAUGGUUGUACCUACCAUGAUAGUUUUGUGAAGAGUAAAUGUUUGUUUUAUUCUGCAAUGUUCAUCAAAGUUUUUUUAAAUUUCAUUCUGAGUUAUGUGACCUGUGAUUCACAAAUGUGAUGUAUCUUAAUAGUUGCAUGAACAAAAUAAAUUCAUUUUGGUAUGAA